UACGUAGGAACCAAAUGCCAGUUUAUUGCUUAAAUGUAACUCAUCUUGAAAUAUCAUACUACCAUUUACUUUCAGAUAAAAAAAUCAUAAGCAUUGUACAUUUAUGCCCAAAUAUAACCCAUUUGAGUUUCAUAAAUAGCAUAGAAUUUAGUAAUAGAGCAUUAGAACUGAUAGCAAGUUCAUAUCCGAAUCUGAAGUAUCUCAAUCUGUGCAAUAAUCAGUUAGGUGACUUUAGAAGCUUUCGUGCUCGAGAAAUUGAUGAUGGAGAGAUUACUGAACAUUCAAUUUGCGGUAUUAUUUGUUUCUCUUCAAAGCUCCAGCAUCUUAACAUUACCUUUUGUGAAAUUACUGAUAUAAUAAUCAAAAAAAUUGCUAGUUCGUGUCUUAAUUUAAAGUAUCUCAAUUUGGAAGGGUGUGAUAAUAUUAGCAAAGAAGCCAUAGAUUAG